AUGUCUAGCAUAAGCGGACAUUUCGACACUGGGGCGGUCCUGCUCAUCACCUUCGGGGUAGUCACUCUCUUCAUCGCUUUCAUAGUAACUCUCCUCCGGUACUACCUGCAGUCUUUCGACCAGCGCCCCCUCGCUUUCUUGGAUAGCCUGUGCGUUGGAAUGGCCUGGAUCCUCAGUCUAGUCGGCAUCAUCUGCGCGAUAACAGAGAACACCGGUAUCCAACUUAAUAACCCCCCCGAAAUCGACCAGUUCACCCAGUCUCUCUUCGCCGUCUCCGCCAUCCUGGGCAAGCUGUCAGUGUGCUUCUCGGCGUGGCCCCUCGUCAAAAACGCGGCGCGCGUGAGAGUCUCGGUCGUCAUCCAGGUCGCCAUGCUUCUAUCGGUGUAUCCUCUAUGGGUCAUAGUCAUGCUUGAGACGUGCGGCGCGUCGCCGUGGUCUCCCAUGCUCGCCGCCUAUUCUCAGUGCUCGGAUAACACCGCCCGGGCGCUCUUCGAAUGGGCCCGAUCUUUCUUUGAAAUAUUCACGCCGAUAAUCCUUACCGGCUUCCCGCUAGCUAUGGCUCUGGAUGAUAACACCAAGGGCGCUAUGCGAAAGCCUUUUUACGGGCUUGCGGUCGCUUCUGCUACCACGGGCGGAUUCAUGUGGGCACGAGCAUGGAUGUCCCAAUGGUUCCGUUACGACCACCACUAUGUACCCUUGAUCUCCAUUACAAUUGUCUCCAUGAUCGAGGCGAACUUAGGUAUUGUGGCAGCGAACAUACUGCCUAUCGCGACACAUCGCUCGAAGCUAUUACCGCCUGUUGAAUCCACAAAACCCCAUCAUAGGAGGUUGCCAGUACUAGAUGAUAGCUACGAGUGGAUUGCUUUGGCAGAUAUACCAAGAGCACACACGCACGGAGUGUAA